AUGGUGUUUGGUUGGAGAAAAGCCUUUUGCACUUCUGUUUCAAGUAAUCAAGACAAACCUCAAAAAUCAUCAUCACACACUCAUAACAAUAGCACUGAUCAUUUAGUCCCUACCCCAAGAUUCCGAUUAAAGUUUGGGUUUUUAUCAAACCCAUCAACUCCCCGUCUCCGAUCUCGUGACGGCGGAUGCCGCUCCGCCGCUUCCACCGCAGUCAAUAUCCCAUCUCUUCCCACUAGCCCCAAACUCCAUUGCAGAACCACGAGCAAUGCUACUCCAAGAACCAGCAACACCUCAAGUCCUAAGUUUCUCUCUAACCCUUCUUCUCCUAAAUCAUUUUCUCCUUCUUCACACGGUGGCGUCUCUCUCCUCCGUGCCACACUUCUUCUCAACAAGAGCAAUAGUAACAGAUGUGGGAUUUGUCUGCAGAGAGUGAACUCCGGUCAAAGCAAUUCGCCGGCGAUUUUCACGGCGGAGUGUUCACAUUCGUUUCACCUCUCCUGCGCCGUUAGAUUAGAAGACAAGCGUUGUCCGUUCUGUUCCGCCGCUUGGAUUCACCCGCCGAAUUCAUCGUCUGCCAAUUUCGGAUCCGACCCGAAUAGACGACCGGAGAUCCGAGAAAUAAAAACCGGGAAAUCGCUGAGAGUCUACAAUGACGACGAGCCGUUAGCUUAUUCGCCGGUUUCUCUAGCUCAGUUCAACACUAUACCGGAAUCCGACGAAAACGACGACGCAGAGGAAGACGACGAAUUCCCCGGCUUCUUCUCCGCACAGUCUUCGAUUGCCUCUGCUUUAGCUGAUCCGAUUCCGUCAAUCUCCGGGAACCUGGAGGUUAAAUUGCAGCCGGAAUCCGCCGUUGUGGAAACAGGGAAAAGGUUCGAGACGCACGUCGUCGUGAUGAAAUUGAAGGCGUCGUCGAUCACGGACGCCAUUAAAGCGCGCAGGCCGUCGAUAGAUCUGGUGACGGUUCUCGAUUUAAGCAGCGGCGGAGCGAAUUUACAAACGGUUAAGCAGGCGUUGAGAUUGGUCAUCUCUCUGCUCCGAGAGAUGGAUCGGCUCUCAAUCGUCGUGUUCUCGACGGGAUCGAAACGAUUAAUGCCGUUACGACGGAUGACUGCUAAAGGACGGCGAUCGGCGAGGCAAAUCGUAGACGCACUCGUCGGAGUUGAAACAACCGGCAGCAUCGGGAUGACCGUUAACGACGCAUUGAAGAAAGCGGUUAAGGUCGUUGAAGAUCGGCGAGAGAGGAAUCCGACGGCUAGCAUUUUGGUUUUAUCGGACGGUCAGGAUCAACCGGAGGUCAUUUUGAAAGCUAAACUAAACUCCACGCGUGUCCCGUUCGUCGUGUCGACCACGCGCUUCUCUCGUCCGGAGAUCCCGGUUCACUCCGUUUAUAUCGCUUCUCCGAGCGCUUUGCAUUAUGCGCCGCUCCGUGACGCCUUCACCGAGCGAAUCGCUGCGUUGCUCCACGUGGCUCUCCGUGACGUCAAGCUCAAUCUCGGUUUGGUUAACGGGUCUCCGUUGACCGAGAUCUCAGCGGUUUAUUCAUUAACUGGUCGACCCGAGAGUUUCGGAUCCGGUUCGGUCGUUGUAGUCGGCGAUCUGUUCGCGGAGGAGGAGAGAGAAUUUCUCGUUGAGCUCAAGGUACCGACCUCUUCAAGCGGGUCCCACCAUGUAAUGUCCGUACGGUCUUCGAUCGUUGACUCCACAACGCAUCAGCCGAUGACGUGUCCUAAAGAGAAACGGUUUUUGAUUCCGCGGCCACAGAACGUCCGGUUCGUAUCUCCGAGCAUCGAACGGCUGAGGAAUCUUCACUCGGUUAGUCGCGCUGUAGCUGAUUCACGCAAGCUGAUGGAGCGUGAGGAUUUAGCCGGAGCCUAUCAGCUUUUAACGGCGGCUCGAUCCAAUGCGUCGCAUGGGGAUGAUAGCUUAAGAUGCUUGGAGGCUGAGUUAGCUGAGCUGAGCCGGUUUAAACCAAGAAACGGUUUAGUAAACCGAGGUGAAGAGAAAACGGAGCAGCUUACGCCGACAUCGGCUUGGAGAGCCGCUGAGAAAUUGGCGAAAGUGGCUAUCAUGAGGAAGCAUUUAAAUCGAGUCAGCGACAUGCACGGCUUGGAAAACGCCAGAUUUUAA